ACAAAAAAACUAAGUCCCUCACGCAUUAUCAUGUCUUCAAACCGUUUCUUCAUCCAUGGACCAAGAAGAGUUUGCCGUCUCUUUUGGUGCUAUCAAUGCCAUUGCAUGGUUCGCAUAAUUUCAUCAAGCUCCAUCGAUGCCUUCUGUCCUCGUUGCUACGGCCAGUUCAUCCAUGAAGUACCCAUGCCUCGACCUCAAUAUCUCGUCGACUUCUCCGGCUUUCAUCCUCCUCCAACAUGGCCUCGGGGACCUGUCAUUUCCAGACGUCCUAUUGCUCCACUUGAAGAACCAUCUCUUCCUCCGGCUCCUCUUCCUGCAGUGAAUCCUGCUGAUGUCUACACCGGCCCUGGCCUUAAUGAGCUCAUUGAGGAGCUAACUCAGAAUGAUCGGCCCGGGUUGCCACCAGCUACAACAUCGGCUAUCGAAUCAAUGCCAACUGUUUAUAUUAGUGAAGCUCAUCUUCUUGAUGGCUCACAAUGUCCUGUUUGCAAGGAAGAGUUUGUUUUAGGAGAGUCAGCGAGGGAGAUGCCUUGCAAGCAUGUUUAUCAUUCCGAUUGCAUUGUUCCUUGGCUUCGGAUACACAAUUCGUGUCCCGUGUGUCGAUAUCAGCUUCCCGGCGGAACCGAGGCUCCGGCAUCAAAUAAUCGAAGAAUUAGAGAGAGUGAUAGAGAUGGUGGUCAAGGUCGAAGACAAUGGGCGGCAUGGCGGAAUCCUAUCUCUUUGCUAUGGCCGGCUCGUGGUGGUUUAUCAGACAAUGGUUGGGAUUAUCCUUACGUUCAUCGUCCUCAUCAUCCUCCUCCUCCUCCUUUGGAGAGUGAUGGGUUGCAAGGGACUCCAAGUGGUCAUGUGGUUUUCAGCAUUUUAUGCAUGGUGGCGCUCGUUGUUUCUUCUCUGACUCUUUGCAUGGGUGUCUCUACGUUAUGGAAUAGUUCUCAUUUGCCCUCGAGGAGCUACUGAUGCAGGUUAAACAGAAGACUUUGAACAAACCAAUCAGUUGUUGAUCCAUGAAGGUUAUCGGAAAUUACCAAAAAGUCCACAAGCUCUCCAUGUGUGAAAAAUAUAGCUUGGAUUAUUGAAGGAACUGCAAGGAGUCUUCAAUCAUAGUUCAUUUAUGGAUUUUUUGGUGGAGUAAUUGAGGACAUGAACAUGUGAAUAAAGCGAAUGUUAAGAUAUAGAAAAUGAAUUAAUUAUAGUUGUAAAUAUAUGAAA